AUGUAUUUUUUAAAUAACGUUUACACUUUAGCUGCCAAAAAUUUGGGAAAAAUAAGCAAAGUUGUAAAUUAUGUCCCACAAACAGAACAAGUUAGAACGAUGGCUUUGCUCUGGGUAGAUUGGCGUAUGAAGAAAGAUGUUCGUAAAAGAAGAAACUUAGCUGCUCAUGCAGACACGAAACUUAGAAUUCAGUGUAUCAGGAAAAAUGAUGUGUUACCAAGAGAGAUCAGAGAAAUUGCUGACAAAGAAAUAGAAGAACUCCCUAAUGACUGUCUUGGGCCUAAAAUCGUGAAUAGAUGUGCGUUUACUUCUAGGCCUAGAGGAAUAGUGCAUAGGUGGAGAGCUAGUAGAAUAGUUUUUAGAGACUUUGCUGAUCAUAACCGAAUGUCUGGAGUUCAGAGAGCAUUGUGGUGA